AUGCAAUCUUAUCAGCAUGCGCCCGUUUACACGCAAUAUCCAACAGAAUUGCCGCCGACUUUUCCAGUCGGAGCUCAUCAGACGACUCCAUUGGUCAAUGUGACCGAACUCCAAGCCCAUCUUCGUCUCCUUGGUGCAAUCUCCAAACUCAAGUCUGACGUCCAGAGCCAGAGUCAGGGCAUCUCUGCACGGAGCAAGGACGUGGCUUGGGUUGUCUUCGUCAACCGUGCCGUAUUUCGAUUCUUUACAUGGGCAGGCGCGUUGUGGGAGCGGUUCAUACCAGGAUUGGACGAGACGCUGGUGCCACCGCUCGACGUGCUGAUGGUCUGGCAUACGUAUCUACUCAAUCCUCGGGCGUACUUUGAAGACAGUCAGCGUAUGGAAUCAGUCUAUGCGAAUAACCUGCGCAAUCUCGCUGAAAUGCCACUGACAUUGAUCGCGUCCCUCAUUAACGGCCGAACUCUGGACCCUCUACCUCCUUCGGCGGAAAGACAGCGAUUCUUCGAACGGACGACGGGACUUUCGUGGUAUAUGCCACUUUCCACUGGCUAUACAGAAACUCUUUCCGUCUUUUGCCCGUUCUGCAAGAAUGUUAAUCCCAGUGUGCGAUGGGUGACAGACAGAGACACUGGUUAUGCUCAAACGAAAUUCAUGCAGAGAUGUCAGUCUUGCUACAGGGACUUUAACAAAGUCGCUCUGGGCAUACGACGCUUUGUAGACGAAGUAUCGCUUCGAAGAUCUGGCUGGGCAGUCUUCUUUUCUGAAACGUUGCUAGAUCCACCCACAGGAAAGGUCGAUCAGACAGCCGCGCAAACGCUCAUCGCAAAGGCAUUCAAGGCUUUGGAUGAUCAGUACGGAGUUUUGAAGCCUCUCCCAAGUCACAACGCGGCCGAGGAGGCGGACAAACUCGGUCAAGCGCUGAAUUGGGAUUUCGAGGUGCUCUGUGACCGCUUGCACGAAGGUGUCAGGCCAAAUUCGACUCCUGAUAGGAGCAAACGAAAUCCUCGGCUACAACGGCUCGCGGUUGCAUAUAGUAACCCCGGGAUGGCAUCCCUUGAUCUUGUAGGCGCAGUUCUACGCCAAGGGUUAUUCAUUUCCAAGAUGGACGAACUUGGCUGGACUCGGCCAGGACGGUUUGAUUUGGUAUCCGAAUCCGCCCCGUUGGUGCGCUGCAUUGCGCGUUAUCAUGCAUUCCUGGACCUCAUGACCGUGCACAACUCCACGUUUUGUGUACCUACUUUGGACAUAGACCUGGCAUGGCACACCCAUCAACUGAAAAGUGUCAACUAUCGGACGAUUACGACCCAGUUUGUUGGAAGAUUCCCUAACCAUGACGACAAUGUCGAGCCAAACAUCCUCUCAACUGCGUACGAUAUCACUGCUAAAGCCUGGAAGAAGCGCUUUGGAGUUCCGUAUAGUAUCUGUGGCUGCCUACCAGACGGUGAUUCGGAGUCGCGUAUCAGCAGAUUCGCGUCAAAGAUCUCAAGUGGCUUCAAGAAACGAGAUGACAGCCCCGGCUCCCAUGUGCCACCAGUCAACAACAAACGACCAGACCUUGUGAACACAGACGAAGGCGAGGCAGACUCAUCUCACCCGUCUGAACACACUAUCAAUUUCGGCAAUCCAAGCGAUGCAGUCGCGUCAAGAAAUCGGUUUGACAGGCAACGCAGAGCGGACAAGUGUGUUGCCAGUGCACACAAAGGCGCAGCGCGUGAUCCAUGGAGAGGGCUUCAAGCCGAGAGAAGUGAGAGACGCAAGAGAGAGGGACAUAAGGAAGCAUUUACAGAUUCUCAUUACUAUGCGAUGUAUUACCCCUACUGGGGGGUCUCCGCUGCGAUUCCACUCGGGUAG